GAAAUAGAACAUCAGUUCUUGCUUGAAAUUAAUAUGACUACUAAAGGGAUAUCUGUAAAUGCCAUACAGAAGGAAGUAAAAAAUGAUGGUAAUAAUAUGAAAAAUAAGUUGAAGGAUGGCAAGAUUUUGGAGAAACUUGAUGAAGAUGUUUUAAAGGUAAAUCAAAUAAAAUCGAAAUUGAAGCAAGAACAUGUCGAUGAAAACAUACGACAGAAGGAGUCUGGAUUAGAAGAAAACUCAACGCCAGAAUCAAAUCUGGCACCAGACGAUUGGUCUGAAGAAUCACAAUAUUAUAAAAAUGUGGAUUCUAAAUCAUUCCGUCAGUAUGAACUUGCAUGUGACCGAGUGAAGCAAUUUUAUCAAGAGCAACAUGAAUUCCAAACUGUAGCAUAUAAUAUUCAAGCACGUAUUAACUUCAAGACGAAAACAAGAGCCCGUAUGACUGUCUGGGAAGGAUUAGAAAAAUUAAAUAAACUUUUGGAUGAUAGUGAUCCUGAUACAGAGCUUUCACAGAUUGAUCAUGCAUUACAGACUGCUGAAGCCAUUAGAAGAGAUAAUAAACCACGAUGGUUCCAACUUGUUGGGCUCAUACAUGAUUUAGGUAAAUUGCUAUACUUUUUCGACUCCCGAGGACAAUGGGAUGUGGUUGGAGAUACUUUCCCGGUGGGAUGUAAGUUUCUGCGAAAGAUUAUAUUUCCUGAUAGUUUCAAAGGGAAUCCAGAUAUUUUAAAUCCAUUAUAUAAUACAAAAUAUGGGAUUUAUUCUAAAAAUUGUGGAUUAGAUAAAGUUAUGCUUAGUUGGGGUCAUGAUGAAUACAUGUAUCAUGUUGCAAAGACUAAUUCUACCCUUCCAAAGGAGGCAUUAGCUAUGAUACGGUACCAUUCAUUUUAUCCUUGGCAUCACGAAGAUGCAUACACUUACCUUAUGGAUGACCACGAUAAAGAAAUGCUUAAGGCAGUGAAAACAUUUAAUACAUAUGAUUUGUAUUCCAAGACAGAUAAACAAUACGAUGUUGAAGACAUUAAACAAUACUAUUUGGAUUUGAUAGAUGAAUUUUUCCCAAACCAAAUAAUUGACUUUUAA